UCGAUUAGCUCGGCGGUGGCUGGCUGCAAUUUUCGCAUUUUCUGCCGGCUGGUGAAAAUUGUGCAUUUUUUCUGUGGAAAUUGAACCAUUUUUAAAUGUAGUGGCUUGCGUCGCGCUCGAAAGUUCGAAAUGAAAGUGAAAUAUUGGUGCAUUUUUGCGUUGCUAUGCGCGCUGCACCUGCACUCGGCCGCGGCGAAAACCAACGCCAAAAGUACGGUCGUCGAGGGCAUCACCGACAUGAAGGAUCUGAAGAAGCUGUUCCGGACGAAAAACAACGUACUCGUGCUGUUCGUGUCCAGCCAGAAGGAGGCGCACAGCACCCUGAACGCGUUCCGCGAUGCCGCCGAAAUCAUCAAGGGCCAGGGCACGAUGGUUCUGCUGGACUGCAGCAACGGUGAAAUGAAGAAGAUGUGCAAAAAGUUGAAGGCGCAACCGAGCCCGUACACGCUGAAGCACUACAAGGAUGGGGACUUCCACAAGGACUACGACCGGCAGCUGACGGCGACCAGUAUGGCGAACUUUAUGCGCGAUCCGACGGGAGAUUUGCCGUGGGAGGAAGAUCCGGUCGGGGUGGACGUCGUGCACGUGCCGGACGCGGUGGCUCUGGGGAAGUUCCUGAAGAAGGAGGUGCGGCCGAUUCUGGUCAUGUUCUACGCACCGUGGUGCGGCUUCUGCAAGACGUUGAAGCCGGAGUUUUCCGGCGCUGCGACGGAACUCAAGCCGAAGUAUGUGCUGGCGGCGAUCGACGUGAACCGGCCGGAGAACUCUAUCAUCCGCAAGCAGUACAACAUUACCGGAUUUCCCACGUUGCUGUACUAUGAGAACGGCCGCAUGAAGCACACCUUCGACGGGGAGAACAACAAGGCCGGCAUCGUGGCGUUCAUGAAGAACCCGGCCGCUCCACCGCCAACCAAGCCGAAAGAGCCGGACUGGGCGUCGGAACCGAGCUCGGAGAUUGUGCAUUUGGGCAGUGCCAACUUUGAGCCCGCCCUGAAGGACGAAAAGUCCGCGCUUGUCAUGUUCUACGCGCCGUGGUGCGGCCACUGCAAGAAGAUGAAGCCAGAGUACGAAAAGGCCGCCACCAUCAUGAAGGAGAGUAAAAUCGCCGGCGUGUUGGCCGCGCUGGAUGCCACCAAGGAGCAGGCCAUUGCGCAGCAGUUUGGCGUGCGGGGUUAUCCGACGGUGAAGUACUUUAGCAACGGGCAGUUCAAGUUCGAUGCGAACGUUCGCGACGCGGACAAGAUUGUGGAAUUCAUGAAGAAUCCAUCGGAGCCACCGCCGCCACCAGCUCCGGAAGCGCCGUGGGAGGAGGAGCAGAACGAGGUGGUCCAUCUGAACGAUGAAACGUUUAAGCCAUUCCUGAAGAAGAAGAAGCACGUGCUCGUCAUGUUCUAUGCGCCUUGGUGCGGUCACUGCAAGCGAGCCAAGCCCGAGUUCGGCAAAGCUGCGGAACACUUCAAGGAAGACCCCAAGGUUGCCCUCGCCGCUGUGGACUGCACGCGCCACAACGGAGUCUGCUCGGCGUACGAAGUGCGCGGUUAUCCCACGCUCAAAUACUUCAGCUAUCUGAAAACCGUCAAGGAGUACAACGGAGGUCGCCUUGAAGCGGACUUUAUCAAGUUCCUCAGCGAUCCUACCGCCCCAACGGCGGAGAAGGCCGCCGCCGAACCAUACGGAGACUUCCCCGGCUCGGACAAGCUCAUCAUCAUGACGGACAAAACCGCCGACGACGUGCUGCAAAACGAGGAUCGCGUCCUCGUGAUGUUCUACGCUCCGUGGUGCGGCCACUGCAAGCGCAUGAAGCCGGACUUUGCCGAGGUGGCGAACCUCCUCGUCCAGAACAACGUCCCAGGUAAGGUGGCGGCCGUCGAUUGUACCGAGCACCCGAAAACGGCCGAACGGUUCGAAAUCCAGGGCUUCCCCACGCUCAAAUACUUUGUCCGGGGGAAGUUUGUCAAGAACUACGAGGGCAAGCGGACGGCCCAGGCCAUGUUUGAGUUUAUCCGUUCGAACGGGGCCAGCACAAAGGAUGAGCUGUGAACGCGGGGGAAGACAGAACCCCGCCUGCAAAACUCUCGCACAAAGAGAAGCAACGGUGUCAUAGCGCACGAAGCGAGUGAUCUUCAAACUACUGUAUCUGCCUCAGUUAUUCUAUUCCUCACAACUUGUGUCUCUCUAUCUGUAGAUUGUUUUUUAUACAAACACAUUGUGUCUAAUUUCUAAUUUUCUAAGAGUAUAUUCUUUCCUCGAAUCUGUAAGCAGUCCCGGUCGUCCGUAAUGCACAAAAAAACAUCCCACGCGAACACUUUAAGGAAAGGUUCGAAUACGUAAACAAAACACGCGGACAAACAAACUGAGACUCUUAAAGAAACUCAACUCAAAAGACUUCCAAUUUUUGGCACGAACGAUCAAGAGCAGCAGCAGCAGCGUUAGCGUGUGUAUGAGUGAUUAAUUUGAGUAUUUGCAAGCUGAAUCUGUAUGAAUGAAAAUAUAGGUGUUUUAUUUUUUUAAAUGUAGAUAAA